CCUUAAGAUGAAGCUGUUCCAAGUUGGCGUCUUGCUCCUCCUGUUGCUCCAGUCCCCGAAUCCUGGCCAGGCCAAGCGUCUGGUUGGACCCCAUCCAACGGGUCUGACGGGCAGGAUUAAGGGUGGUCAGGAUGCCGAGAUUGGAUUUGCUCCCUACCAAGUCUCCCUGCAGCCCAUAGUGGGUGCCCACAACUGUGGCGGAGCCAUCCUCAACGAAAAAUGGAUCAUAACUGCUGGACACUGCGUGGAGAACUUCACACCCGCCCUGGUCAACGUGGUCACCGGUACCAAUAAGUGGGAAGAGCCGGGAGCGGUAUACUACACCUCUGAGAUCCAUAUGCACUGCAUGUACGAUAAACCCUAUAUGCACAAUGACAUCGCCUUGGUGAAGCUCACCCAGAACAUCACCUUUAAUGAGCUGACGCAACCCAUUGAUCUUCCCAAUGGCCCACUGCGUCCUGGCGACGAGAUUGUGCUCACAGGCUGGGGAUCUCAGGAACCGUAUGGCAGCUCCAUGGAGAACCUGCAGAAGCUGACCAUGGGCUUUGUGCCCUUCGAUGAGUGUUACGAUAUCUUCAAUCAGACCACCAGCAUGGGAGUGGGACACAUUUGCACCUUUUCGCAGGAGGGCGAGGGCACCUGCCAUGGCGACUCCGGCGGUCCGUUGGUCAGCAAUGGGCGGCUGGUGGGCGUGGUCAACUGGGGAAGACCCUGCGGAGUGGGAUUUCCCGAUGUCCAGGCGAAUGUGUACUACUAUCUGGAUUGGAUUCGUAGCAAGAUUAGCGGCAACAACAAGUGCUACUAUUGAGGAGUUAUGGGUUGAUUAAUUAAAUUACAAGCCUUAAAUGUUGCUUACAAAAUACAUGGAUUUGUAAA